CACUCAUUCUCAACUCUUUCCCUUUGUCAAAACUCUUUGGUUGUUUUGUUUUAUCCCAAAACCAACCAAAAAAUGUCUUUUCCUUCUAUGCUAGUUAUCAUCAUCACUAGUCUUUUGUUUGUUCUAUCUCAUAUUUCAUUUGCAAUAGAUACUAUCACCCAGUCAACUUCAUUUCUUGAUGGCAGCACUUUGGUUUCUAAAGAUGGAAGCUUUGAAUUGGGAUUCUUUGGUAAUUCCUCAAACCGUUAUAUAGGAAUUUGGUAUAAAAAUAUCCCGGUUCGAAGAGUUGUUUGGGUUGCAAAUCGCGAUAAUCCAACCAAAGAUAAUUCGAGCAAGUUGAUCAUAAAUCGAGAUGGAAACCUUUUGCUUCUCAACCACAAUGAAUCUCUUGUUUGGUCAAUAAAUGCAACAAAAAAGAUUUCGAGUCCCGUUUUCCUUCAGCUGUUGGAUAACGGGAAUUUUGUUCUUAGGUAUAAGAAUUCAAAUUCAAAUUCAAAUUCAAAUUCGGAGUCAAAUUUGGGAGGAGAAGAAAAUUUUUUGUGGCAGAGUUUUGAUUAUCCGUGUGAUACAAUAUUAUCAGAAAUGAAAUUUGGAUGGAACAAAAAAACUGGAUUUGAAAAGCGUCUUGCAGCUUGGAGAACCGCGGAUGAUCCAUCUUCGGGUAAUUUAACUAUAACCAUGAUGCAUACCAGCAAUCCCGAAACUAUAAUUUGGAAAGGGUCAACAAAAUAUUAUAGGUCAGGACCAUGGAAUGCUCAAACUAGUGGAGUUGUUGGAUUAAAGACUAAUCCACUUUAUAAUUUUGAGUUUAUCAACAACGAGGACGAGGCGUAUUAUAUGUACACACUAAAAAAUAAAAGUGUGGUCUCAAUAAUGGUUAUCAACCAAACCCUCUCGUCUCGUCAACGUCUCAUUUGGGUUCCCGAGUCAAAAACAUGGAGUAUUUACCAAUCAUUGCCACUUGAUGGUUGUGAUGUUUACAACAUUUGUGGCCCGAACGGACAUUGCAUCAUUGAUGGGUCACCAAUGUGUCAAUGUUUAGACGGAUUUAAGCCGAAAUCUUAUGAACGAUGGAAUGCAAUGAAUUGGACACAAGGAUGCGUGCAGAGUGGAAAUUGGAGUUGUGGAGUUAAAAAUCAAGAUGGGUUUCAUAAAUUUGUAGGGAUGAAGUUUCCGGAUACUACGAAUUCUUGGAUCAAUUUAAACAUGACACUUGAUAAUUGCAAAAUGAAAUGCUUGCAAAAUUGUUCUUGCACUGCUUAUACAUAUUUGGAUCCAACCGGAAAAGUUAGUGGUUGUUCUCUUUGGUUUGAUGAUCUUCUUGAUUUGAGACUUUCACAAAGUAGUGGCCAAGAUUUAUAUGUUCGUACAGAUACUAGUUCAGAAAUUGAUGCUAAACAUGGGCAGAGGAAAAAUGUGAUUUUGGCAGUUUCUAUCCCAAUUUCCAUUGCCCUUUUGAUGCUAUUGGCUCUCUCCUACAUUUAUAUAACCAAAGUAAAACAUAAAGGAAAAAAUCUCAAAGACGGCAACGAAGAUUUUGAGCUUCCUCUAUUUGAUGUAUCCACAAUGCUCAAGGCUACAAAUAACUUCUCAUUCAAUAAUAAACUCGGCGAGGGUGGUUUCGGACCCGUAUAUAAGGGUACAUUGAUAGAUGGACAAAUAAUUGCAGUCAAAAGACUUUCAGGAAAGUCUGAACAAGGGCUGAUAGAAUUUAAAAAUGAAGUCAUAUUGUGUGCCAAAUUGCAACAUCGAAAUCUUGUGAAGGUUAUUGGUUGUUGCAUUGAAGGAGAGGAAAAAAUAUUACUAUAUGAGUACAUGCCUAAAAGAAGUCUUGAUUUAUUUAUUUUUGCAGACUCGGUUCAAAGUAAAUUAUUAAAUUGGUCUAUGCGUUUUAAUAUCUUGAAUGGAAUUGCUCGAGGACUUCAAUAUCUUCAUCAAGAUUCUAGGUUAAGAAUCAUACACAGAGAUUUGAAAGCGAGUAACAUUUUAUUAGAUAAUGAAAUGAACCCAAAAAUUUCAGAUUUUGGCCUAGCUAAAAUGUUCGGAGGUGAUCAAAUCGAAGGAAAGACAAGAAGAAUAAUUGGAACAUAUGGUUACAUGGCGCCUGAGUAUGUCAUUCAUGGAUUAUUCUCCAUAAAAUCCGAUGUAUUUAGCUUUGGCGUGUUAUUGCUAGAAAUAAUAAGUGGGAAGAAAAAUAGAUCACUUACCUAUCAUGAACACGAUCACAAUCUUCUUUGGCAUGUAAGUUUAACACUAAACAAUUCUUUUGCUUUUAUUAACAUACUAAAUAAUAAUUCUGUUAAAUUUUUGAAGGCAUGGAGAUUAUGGAGAGAGGGAGUCCCACAUGAAUUGAUUGAUAAUUGUUUAAAAGACACAUGUGUUCAACAUGAAGCUUUACGAUGCAUUCAAAUAGGUCUUCUAUGUGUGCAACAUAUUCCUGAUUAUAGGCCAAACAUGCCACAUGUGAUUAUGAUGUUAGGUGGUGAAAGUACUUUACCUCAACCAAAGGAACCAGGUUUCUUAAUAGAAAUGAUAUCAAUUGAAGAACAAUCUUUUUCUGAAAGACAAGCAUCUUCCGUGAAUGAAGUAACUCUCUCAAUAAUAAGUUCUAGAUAGAGAAAUUAAUACAUUUUACAUUGUAUAAUGAUUGUGCAACUUGUAUUUUGGAAUUGAAGUAUUAUUUGGUAGACAAUUAAAAUAAUGCACUACAAGGAUAUAUAUUAUGUGUCGUUUUUGUUUUAUGUGAGAUUAUGUAAGAGGUUGAAGAACUUACUAUCAACAUAAAAACUAUCCAAUUUUCACAACCAUUGUUCAUAU